AUGGAGACGCGUCCCCGUCGGCGUCGAAGGCCGGCGCUGUCGUGCCAGAUCUGUCGGCGCCGCAAGAUCAAAUGUGAUCAUAACGAGCCUUGUUCAAAUUGUCUGCGGCACAAGGCCCAAUGUGUGUAUACCUUGUACGGCAACGGCGACGGCAAUGAGCCCCGAGCUGUCAUCACCUCCGAGCGGCCAAAGCGGGCGUUUCUGGAGGCUAGGCAGUUUAAUUCCGUCCCAGGCAGCUCGAGGGAGCAGACAACACCAGCUGGGGCUGCAAGUGGAGCAAACCCGUCACCAGCAGAGGCAUCGGCUCAACAACCCACUCCAGCCGGCACUGGCAGCGCCCAUAGCCCGAACAGGUCGGCCAUAGAGCAAAAUCAGAUUGACGGUAGUCAUGUUAAUCCACGGGACUCCCGGACCACAGCGGAAACACCGGUGGUUCACGUUCACAACUCCCGUGACACCCAACUACCCGUCGGCCGUAUUGAUAACCAGGCGGUUGCAUUUUCGUUGGAAAAUGUCCAGGCUGUAGGCAGCAAAGAAAAUCAUGGUGUAGCGGAACUACUGGAGCGUAUACGGAAGCUCGAAGAGUCCUCGGAAAUCCGCGCCGAGGCCAGAUCGUCGGACUGGCUACUACAGCUCGCGCUCAAUAAAUCGAGAGACUUGGGCAAGAGUCCGUGGAUGGGGAUGCCUCAGGAGUUUUCCACCAUGAUCGACUGCUAUACUGAGAUGAUUGGCAAAGACUCCGGAAAUGCUUCAUACAAAACCCCCGAGACUGCAUCACUUGUGGCGCAGUCUGGCGACUUUAUCCAGAAAUGCAAGGACACAGCAAAGAAUAUCAAACUCGGUCGACCCAGCAGGACCCAAACUUCAUCUCCGGAAAUCAAACUCCCGCCCCGCGACCUUUCUGACGCGAUGAUUAAUCUCUACUUCUCAUCAUUCGAGUCAAGCCACCGCAUAUUACAUAUACCUACAUUUCGAGCCGAAUACCAGCGGUAUUGGGAGCGACCUGCUAGUGCCCCAACCGAGCUGCGCCUUAAAAUUCUCCUUGUCAUCGGGUUGGGUUCGAGUUUGCAUGAACACCAAAACACGGACGCUGCGCUUAAUAACGCCGACAUGGUUCAUCAAUGGAUAUAUGCUGCCCAGAACUGGCUAUCCGGACCACUGGAAAAGGACCGUCUGAGCAUCAGUGGGCUGCAAAUAUACUGCUUAACAAUCUUAGCACGGCAGAUAUUCUCAGUCGGCGGGGAUCUUACAUGGAUAUCAACAGGCUCACUUGUCCAAAUAGCUAUGCAAAUGGGACUUCACCGUGACCCCAAGACUCUUCCAGCCAUCACACCACUGCAGGCUGAGCUUCGCAGAAGGCUUUGGGUUACUAUCCUCGAACUUGUCGUGCAAUCAUCAUUGGACUCGUGGAUGCCCCCCAGGAUGCACCUCGAUGAGUUCGACACAGAGCCUCCCUCGAACCUGAACGACGAGGACCUGAACGAGACAGCGACCACUGUACAGCCACACCCAAAGAGCACCUUCACUGCGACCUCGAUCCAGCUCAUGUUGCUCGAAUCGCUCCCCGCCCGACUCCGAAUCGUCCAGCUCCUGAAUAGCCUCCACUCCGAUCCCACCUACCCGCGCAUCCUCGAGCUGAGCCUCGCCCUAACCGAAGCCCUCCAGACAUGCGCCAGCAAGACCAAGCACAACAGCAGCGAGCACUGCACGCCCUUCCGCCGCAACUUCCUCGACUACCUCGUCCGCCGCUUCAUGCUGCCCCUGCACAUGUCCUUCAGCAGCCAGUCGCGCGCGGAGCCCUCAUACCGCCACUCGCGCCAGGCGAGCCUCGACGCCGCCCUGGCCAUCAUAUCGCCCGAGCCGGACGCGGGCUUCAGGAGGCUCAUGGCCGUGGGCGGCGGCAUGUUCCGCGAGGGCCAGCGGUGCGCCCUCACGGCCGUCGGGCUCGAGCUCAUCGCGCACGCCGAGGCCCAGCGCCUUGACGGCACGCUCGGCCGGGUCGGCGCGUAUCGCGAUAUGCUCAAGGGGGCUGUGCGCGACUUGUUGUUACUAUCGGAGGAUCGUAUCCGCCUGGGCGAGACGAAUGUCAAGAGCCACAUGUUCCUGAGAAUGAUCCUUGCGCAGGUCGAGGCUGUGGAAGCGGGCGUGCCCGUUGAGUUGGAGGUCGCCCGGGGCACGAGAGAUAGUCUGGAGUUUUGUUAUGGAAUAUUGAGCCUGAGGGCGACGAGCAUCCCGGAGUCGUCGGCAGCGCCUGCUGAUGCCGGUGUUGUAGCUUCUGGGAUUGAUGAGUUUCAAGGAUAUGAAAAUUAUAACAUGUAUGGGAUGGGAGUAGAUUUGGAUUGGGAGUCGAUCAUGUCGGACGUGGGCUUUUCUUGA